CUGAUGAAACGUGGACCAUGUCAGGAUUUGCAAGCCAAAAUAUUUGACGCUGCUGAGAACGGAUCUUUAAUCCAGACUGAAACUCAAACAACAUGCCUCGGCAGAGUUGGAUAAUUCAGGUUUUCCUCGUCGGCUUUUUGUGCAUUUUUCCUGUUUCAGUGACUGUGUUUCCUGGCUCUCAGCAAUUUGAUAAAAUCAAAAACUGCUUAGACAACGGAAACAUUAAUUAUGUUGUUGCUGACAACUUCUACGGCAUCAUCAAUGCGGCGAAACACUUCGCAGCUAAACUCUCAGGCAAGAAUGGACCAAUUCCGGACGAAUUACCGGAAGUUGUUAAACAGAUCUUGAAGGAACUCAACGACACAUUAACCAGCAUUAAUGUACUGCCACCAGGUCUGCAACAAUUAUCAGACAAUGUUGUAAACAUAUUGGAAAACAAUGAGAAACUCUUUGCUAAUAAUGGAAAUAAGUUUGGAGUUUCUCCGGAAAAGAUGAAAGAUCUCGGAAAAGGCGUUGGUUUCUCAAAGAAAGUCAUUCAGAGUACCAGAGCAACUACAGCCACAGAACCCUCUAACUCAGAAACUGAAACUCAAGUGCAUUCAGUUUUGAGCUUACUACAUGCGAGUGUUCCAGUUCUUAUGGAUCUACUUACAAACAGGACCCAAUGGGAGUCUGCCAAUGAUGGAGUUGUGCAAAGUGUACUUGAGAAUGUUACAGAUAUUUUCAAGCUAUAUCUGAACAAAAGCACUGGGAACUCUGGUUUGAAAAGUCGCCUUAAGACUGACAUUUUGAAUUGGGUCAUAAACACAACUGUUUCUGAAACUGGAGGGGAGAACUGUGUGAUAUUCCUACAGAAAAAUCAUACAAAACACAAAAAAUUGUGGAAAACGUGGCCACAAGUGAACAUGUCAGACUCUGCACUGUACAUUACAAAAGAUCUUAUCAAAGUCUCUGUGGUCAUUCAUGUUAUGAACGGAACGGGAUGCUUAAAUUCAACUGACUCGUGCACGUAUAGAAAUAUGACUACAAACACUGUGUGCAAAGCAGGGAAUGCGUAUAAUGAGAACUCCUGCAAAAACUGCCAAUACUCAGACAAGUACAUAAUACAGCUAAAUCAAGAUAUCCCGAAGUGUGUCAACUGCGACAAUCCAGUGAAAGAGCCUGAUGAGAUUAUUAAAAUUAAUAAUACUGCUUUUGAAAGUGGUGCCGGAGAAGUUGAUGCAUCCAAAGCUGCAAAGUUUAUGGAUAGCUUGGAAAGCUUAAUCUCCAAAAUGAAUGGGACUUCAGCUGAGCUGUCAGUGGCGAAAGGAAUCGAGGGAGUGAUAGUGAGAAAAACCGAUCCUGCAGAAAUGAAUGAGGUUUCCUUCGCUUACAAGACUCCAACUGAAAAACUGAAAAUUGUAGAAGACUCUAAAAGUCUUGAAACAUUUUCGAGAUCCGUCUCCGUGUCUAAAGAAGCGUUUGUAAAGGCCUCCGGUCCAAACGCCUCUCUACCGUUCGCAGCUGUUCUCCGGAUUUUGAACUUGACUCAGGAUGAGAUGAACAGUACUGUUCUUUAUGAUGAGGUUGUCGCAGUUGAGAUGGGAGCUGCGAUCAAGAAUCUCACCGACACAAUAAACAUCAAUUUCAAGAAUGUAGAAUUUGGAAAGUUUUAUCCAAACUGCAGCUCAUGGAACGGUGAAGGAGGAAAACCCAACUGGACUUCUGAAGGAUGUGAAACUAUAAUCGAUGGAAAAAACAUCAGAUGUGAAUGUUCGCAUUUGACGUUUUUUGCUGUCUUACUGACUCCCAUAAACGAAACCAUCUCCAGCUCUGACCUGAACAUCCUCACCAUCAUCACGCAGGCUGGGUGCGGCUUGUCCAUUUUCUUCCUCGGCAUAAUCCUCUUCAUGUACUGCCUGAUAAGGAAGACGAAGGCCAGCCCUUCCACACAGAUCCUCAUCCACCUGGUUUGCUCCUUGUUCCUGCUAAAUUUGACCUUCGUCGUCAAUCACUUUGUGGCAAAGCUGAACAGUGAUGUGGGUUGUGAGAUAAUGGCAGCGGUGAUGCAUUACUCCAUGUUGGCCACUUUCAGCUGGUUUGCUGCACAAGGCUUCCACCUCUGUCUGCAGCUGUACACAGGAGGGAAUAUCGCAAUAAAGCGCUACCUAGUCAAAGUUUCUGUCAUCACCUGGAUUCUACCGAGCAUAGCGGUGAUUAUUAUCGGCAGCCUGAAAAAAUACGGGAAACAGGUCAUCCACACUGAUAAUCCUGAGAACGACGUGGCAAUGUGCUGGAUCAACGACAACAACAUCCAUUACAUCGUCAACGUUGGCUUCUAUGCGGUGGUCUUCCUCUUCACCUUCACCACAGUCAUCAUCACGUUGUCCUGGCUCUUUUGUCUCAAGAGAAGCAAAGCAGCGAACCAACAGGAAACAGGAACCGGCAGGAAAAUAGUGAUCAUUCUGGGUCUGUGCUGCCAGCUGGGCGUCACGUGGGGCUUCGCCUUCUUCGCCUACGGCUCCUUCCGGAUGAUAGGCACCUACAUUUUCACAAUCCUCAACUCAUUUCAAGGGUUCUUCCUGUUCAUCUACUACUACAAGACAACCCGAGUCGGACCAGGCGGCGCCAAUGCGAAGGGAAACUCGGAAAGCACUAAGUCCAUCAGUACUCUUAAAACCGGACUGGAGUGUGUUGUGAACCCAUAUGUGAGUUUUGACAAACAAAAAGACACGUGAUCUGUGGUGGGACAGAGGAAUCUAAACUGGAACCAGUAGAAAACGUGUACAGUGUAUCCAUGUAAAAUACUGUAAUUCUGUCUCCUGAUACUGAUUUUAUACACUAGGGUUAAAAACAUUUUGAUGAGAUAGACAUUUCUAAAGAUUUCAGGUUAAUCUUAAUCGUCCUCUUCGUGAGACUAAACAGAGUCUCUUCAGUCAGAGGCUUUCUCAGAUUCACUGUAAUACAGACUGCUACAAGAGAUCUUUCCUGCCAGCAGACAUCACCACCUACAAUAACUCUGAAAAAUCUGAUUUAAUGAUCUACAACAAUAUUUAAUUUCCCUUUGGGAUCAAGAGAGUAUUUUUGAAUUUGAAUUUAUCUGAAUACCCGCUGUGUAUUAAAGUCCAGCAACAUGUAGUAAGUUUUUGUUUAAUUUAUGCUUUUAUGGUAAAAAUGCCUCGGCUCCUUUUAAAACUUUUACUUUUCUGAUGCCCUCCAUUGUUGUUUGUAUUUUCUGAAAAGGCCUUUAUUGGGAAAGUUGCAGCUAAGAUUCAUGGUAUUUAAAAAAAUUUUUUUUACGUUUUUUCCUAAAUAAUGUAGUGUAGAUUAUUAAGUGAUGUAUUAGUAUAAAUGUAUGUUUCAAUAUUUCUGUAUCUCUUUAUGUAUAUUCAAGUGAAGUGGAAAUUAUAAUAAAAGAAAAACUUC